CUGAGUUGAGAGAUCACGAUGAAUGUCUCAACGGCUAAACACUUAUAUUUACAUCUUUAUUCAGCAGCAAUUUUAUGACAGCAGUGAAGUGAUCGCCAAUAUGGCCAAUUCUGGCUCCACGAUUGAUAGUGAGAUUUUUAAAGACGCCAAAUACAUUUCUCAUCUAGGACCGAAUAUCCUUCCAACCGCCGGUGUAAUUUUUGUCAAUAUAGCCCUUACAUUAUCACCCAAACAUGAUACUUUUGAUUCUGCGUCAAGCUUGCAAUAGGUGGCUUACUGAAUGCCAUGGUGGAUAAAGAGCCCAUUUUGCUCUCUAGAUAUUCUCCUAGUGCCUAUAUCAACUUCAUAAGAGUUUUCAAGGACACAAUCAAAUAUAGGUAGGUAAGAACGGAGCCAUCAACAAACUCAUGCUAGCCUC